AUGGAGGACGAGGGCGCGAAGCAGGAAGAUGCCAGGAAAUAUGUCUACACGCAGCAAGACAUCCUGGCCAGGCACAAGGGAAAGCCGCCAUCCCUCCGCGUGUACCUGCAUCCCAAGCACUUCCGCUUGAACGACUCGCAGGAGACGCUGUCCUAUGCCUCUCCUAUGCGCGAGCUUCUCCAGGCCAUCAAGGACAAGGAGGUGCCUCACAACAUGGUCGAGGAGCUCUACGAGUUCAACACGCCUUGGUACGACAAUUGCCUCAUCGUUGAAGUUCACGACUACCGCUCAGCCGGUGUGAAGCCCAAAGAUGAUACCAACAGCACUGGCGAGGCCGGCACGAGCGCCUUCUCCAUUCACAACUACAACAAUUUUAUAACGCCCUCCCCGUUCGCGCCAUUCCCCGUCAACAAGCCCGAUUCGAAGCCUGGCCAGCCCAAUGCACCGAGCAAGGACGGAGAGACCAAGGAAGACAAGGAGAACAUGCCUGCUCCUGGCCAAAACGGGGCCUUGGGCAAGCAACCUGGUAUUGGCAAGGUCAGGACAGUAGUACUCUUUCCAACCACGCAGUCGCAGUUGGCCGACAUGCAGCUUCUGGCCACCACGCCCAUCCCAGACAUGGCCACCCUCAAAAGAAUGCAGGCUCAGGGCAGAGCUGGAGGCAUGCCGCCCACGCCAAUGACGGCAGUACCCUCGACGCCCACCUUCCCCAACGGGCCCAGUCCGAAGCGCCAGAAGAUGGUCCUCGACGACAGCAACGUGCACGAGUUCGAGGCUGAGUUCUUGAAUGCUACAUGCCCACCCCUCUACUUGGAGCCUACCAAGAGCUUCGGCCAAUCGCUCGCGCUUAUGGAUGCCAUCACACACCCGAACAAUAAGAACCCCGCUCCACCACGCAAGACUCGCAAGAGGACUACCGCCGAGUUGGCUGCCGACGAGGCCGAAGCCCAGAACAUGCAGCGCUUCAUGUUGGCAGGCGACGAGUUCCAGAGCAUCAUGACGGCCACCGCCACAGGCAACGAUGACAACGCUGUGCGCGCCGCUGCGAAUUCCCAGACCUUUGCUCGCUUCAAGACUAUUGCUAAUAUCCGUGCAAACCACGAGGAAGCCGACCGGAGGAAGAAAGAAGAAGAUGCCCGAAUUGCUCAGGCCAAGCGUGCAGCGCAGAUGGAAGCCGAGAUCCAGAGAAAGAGGGAGAUGGAGAACAGACAGCAGGCCGAACUUGCCGAGCGUCAACAACAGCAACAGGCCCUUCGCCAGCAAGCGCAUCAGGCGCAACUACAGCAAAACCAGCAGCAGAACGAGGCCGCGCGAGCCGCUGCAGCAGCACAGCACCAGAUGUCGAACGCGGCAGCGAUACAGGUCACGCAGACACCUCAAUCGACUACGCAGUCUCAGUUUUCACCUACCAUACGACAGCAGACGCCCAUGGCUGCCGCUGCAGCAUCACCGUUGGUUGGUGGGCAGUCUGCGCAACAUUUGGGCGGCACCCCAAUGGUUCCAACAGCUUCGAACCAAGCCAUCAACAGUCCUGCUCGCCCGCCGUCUGCUGUCUCCAAUCAUCAGAAUAUGAUCCGCUCCGUCAGCCAGCAGCAAAAUCUGAGCCGCACAGGCACACCGCACAUGGUGCAAGGCACCCCCGUAAUGAACGCCUCGAUGCCGAAUCGUAACAUGACUCCUACGCCUAGUCGCAUGAACCAGGGUAGUCCAUCCAUGAUGCAAGGGCAGACACCAAUGAUGAUACAGACUCCUCAGCCUGGCCAGAAUAUGACGCCUGAACAGAUGCAACAGAUUCAACAGCAGCGCUUGCAGCAGCAAAUGCGCAUGCAACAACUGCAGCAACAAGGAGCAUCACCAGGUAAUCCACAGCAACAAAUGCAACAAAUGCAACAAAUGGCAUUCCAAAAGGCCGCCCAGCAUAUUUCGCAACAAGGAGUGCCUCAAGGUCAAAAUCCGCAAGCAUACCGCAAUCAACUGGCACAGCACUAUUUCAACCAAUUAAAACAGCAGCAGCAAAAUCAACAGCAGAUCGCCUUGCAGAAUAUGUCACCUCAGGGAGGCAUGCAGCAAAACAGUAUGCCUUCACAAGGCAUUACCUUUGCUAACCUCAAUCUCCAGCAGAUGCGGCAGCGGUAUCAACAACACAAGCAGACGGUCAUGCAGAAUUACGGCCAAAACAUUCCUCCGCAAGUCAUGCAACAGAUCCAUCAAAUGGAGAUUCAAAUCAAGCAACGGGAGGCGCGUGAACAGCAACAAAUGGCAAUGGCACAAAACAUGCAGAAUGGCAUGGGCAACCAGAUGAACGGCGGCCAAAUGAACGGCAUGCAAAACGGCAACCCGACCAACCCUAUGCAAAUGCAACAAUACCAGCAAAUGCUCCAGCAACAACGCCAACAAGCCGCAAAUCAAUCUCGACUUCUGCAAAUGCGUCAACAAGCCAUGGCGAGCGGCGGUCAACUACCCCAGGGUAUGAUGGGCAAUAUAAACGCCAUGAACAACAUGCAAGGCGGUGGUAUGCAGGGCAUGAACAUGGGUAACAUGGGCAACAUGGGCCAGGGCAUGAACAUGGCACAGAUGGGACAGAUGAACGGUGGCAUGGGAGGCAUGCAGGGUGGACAGAUGAAUGGUGGUAUGCAGGGUAUGCAAGGAAUGCAGGGCAUGAACCAGCAGCAGAUGAACCAGAUGAUGAUGAUGCGCCAAGCACAGCAGCAGGCCCAGAGGAUGGGACAACCUGGUGGGCAGCAAGGUGGGGAUAUGGGGUGGACUGGUUAG